GCCAUUUUCACGCGGUGGGCGGAGCUCUGGGCCCGCUCGACUUGGUCACAUGACACAGGCGGAAGUCGCCCCCCGCUCCACGCUGAAGCUCAUGUACAGCUUCCAUUUGCUCUUUUUCCCUCUCCAUUCAACGCCGGCAGCAUCAGUCUGAACACAAGUCAUGGCAGAAGGAGAGCCGCAGGUCCAGUUUAAGUUGGUGUUGGUGGGUGAUGGAGGUACCGGGAAAACCACCUUCGUGAAGCGACACUUGACAGGAGAGUUUGAGAAGAAGUAUGUUGCUACCCUGGGAGUGGAGGUACAUCCUUUGGUGUUUCACACAAACAGAGGGGCUAUCAAGUUCAACGUGUGGGAUACGGCUGGCCAGGAGAAGUUCGGGGGUCUCAGGGAUGGUUACUACAUACAAGCUCAGUGUGCGAUCAUCAUGUUCGACGUGACCUCGCGGGUCACCUACAAGAACGUGCCCAACUGGCACCGCGACCUGGUGCGCGUCUGCGAGAACAUUCCCAUCGUCCUUUGCGGCAACAAGGUGGACAUCAAGGACAGGAAGGUCAAGGCCAAGAGCAUCGUCUUCCACCGCAAGAAGAACCUGCAGUAUUAUGACAUCUCUGCCAAGAGCAACUACAACUUCGAGAAGCCGUUCUUAUGGCUGGCCAGGAAGCUGAUAGGAGACCCAAACCUUGAAUUUGUGGCGAUGCCAGCCCUCGCACCCCCUGAGGUCGCCAUGGACCCCACCCUCGCCGCACAGUAUGAGCAUGACCUCAAAGUGGCGUCGGAAACUGCACUCCCAGACGAGGACGACGAUCUCUAACCUGUGACCAUCUGACCUCACCAUGAAGUUGGCGAGGUGUAUAUGAUGCUGGCGUGUUUGGAAUACCCUUAACCUUUUACUGUAAAUCCCAUUGCCGAUUAUUUUGUUUUAAUUUUUUUUUUUCGUUUGCAUUUUGGGCGGAAUAUGACGUGUAGUUCACACAUUUCAGUGUAGAUCCCUUGCAGCACAUCCAUGCGUGCAUACACACAUUGCGUAAACACCCAGUACGAAAUAGUCACUGUCAUACAGUUUAGACUUAUUAUACAGUACUGAUGAAAAUACAGCGAAAAUGGAAGCACUUUGAAAACAGCUUUGAAUAAACUGUCUGUAUUUAA